CGCCUGCUCCGCCGCUCUCCAGCAGCGACAUCGUUCAUCCCAUCAAGGUGGACGAGAGCGGAUCGUUCCUGUCCUACGAGUUGUCCCACCGAGCGCUUCACCGGAGGUCCCCCUCCUCCAGGAGCAAGUUUUUCGCCUUCUAUGAACUGCGUUACCAAGGAGAACCCCUGAGAUUCAACCUGAGCCUCAACAACCACCUCCUGGCGCCCGGGUUUGUCAGCGAGAGGAGGUACGGGGGGAUUGCGAACGCCAAGAUCAAGUCCCAUGCGUACAACUCCUGCCACAUGAUCGGGGAGGUGCGGAGCCAGGCGCCGCGGGGAGGUCUGGCCGCGCUCAGCACCUGCGAUGGGCUGAAAGGUGUGUUCCGGCUGAUGGACGAGGACUAUUUCAUCGAACCCGUGUCCGACGGCGUUCGGGAGGCUGGAGCAGCGCAGCCCCACAGGAUAUACAAGCGCCAGGCGCCCGAGCACGGGGCAGAGCAAGGACAGGGGCCAGCGGCUCCGCAGGAAACCUGCGGCGUGCGAGGUACGGUCCCUCCCCUGCAUUUUCGGAGGGAGCGGUGGGAACAGAAGCAGCACAGGACGAGGAGAAUAAAGCAGCGCUCCAUCAGCAAGGAGAAGUGGGUGGAAACGCUGGUGGUGGCAGACACCAAGAUGGUAGAGUACCACGGGAGCGAGAACAUAGAGAAGUACGUGCUGACCGUGAUGAACAUGGUGGCGGGUCUGUUCCACCACCCCAGCAUCGGGAACCCCAUCAACAUCGCCAUAGUGCGCCUCAUCCUGCUGGAGGACGAAGAGGAGGAUCUGAAAAUCUCCCACCACGCAGACAACACCUUGAGAAGCUUUUGCAAGUGGCAGAAGAGCAUCAACAUUAAAGGAGAUUCCCACCCCCUGCACCACGACGUCGCGGUCCUGCUCACCAGGAAGGACAUCUGCGCGGCGAUGAACAGACCCUGCGAGACCCUGGGGCUGUCCCACGUGGCGGGGAUGUGCCAGCCCCACCGCAGCUGCAACAUCAACGAGGACACGGGGCUGCCGCUGGCCUUCACCGUGGCCCACGAGCUCGGACACAGUUUUGGGAUUCAGCAUGAUGGAAGCAGCAAUGACUGUGAGCCAGUUGGGAAAAGACCUUUCAUCAUGUCUCCACAGCUCCUGUAUGACACGUCCCCACUCACCUGGUCCCGCUGCAGCCGCGAGUAUAUCACACGAUUCCUCGA